CUUGUGUUGUGUGUGAAUAUUAUCUAGCUGUUUAAACAUGAAACUUUACACGAUACUUUACGUAUUAUUCGUCGUUGCUAACGGUGAAAAGAAAAUCAAUUUGGAGGAUAUCGAAAGAGAUAAUUUGAAAGCUGAAAGUAGAUCUAAAUCAGAUGAUACUAAAUAUUCCUAUAAAUCUGAAAUAAAUCAACAACAUUAUCCAACUACGACUUAUGUUACACCCCAACCAAUUCCAAAUGUACCACCGGAGGAAUACAGGAACCAUAAUAAAUAUUCCAAUGAAAUUAUUUAUCAACAAAGUAAUCAACCUUUGCAACAAUAUCACGAAUAUCAACAACAAACGAAACAUAUUCCAACUUAUUAUAAUCCUGAAUCAACAAUUUAUCAACCCGAAAUCAAUGUUGGCAAUCAAGUGCAAACUUUGCAACAAAAAGUAGUCGGACAGAAGUUUGGCCAAAAUUCAAACAAAGACAAUUUUUACAUUGAUAUUCCUAUGAGUCAAUUGUUAUCAUAUUACCCACACAUUGAUUUAAAUGGUUUGAAUGGUGGAAAAAUUCAAGCUUCCCUUCAAGAAUUAUCUCAAGCUCAACAAAUUUCGAUUCCCUUUUACACUUCGUUAUUGAACCAGAAACAAUUGAUCACACCUGUUAAGACGACUUAUCAAAUUGUACCACAACAUAUCCUGAGGCAACCUAUUCCAGUAUCAACCACGUUAUUUCCUAAGUUUUCGAAAGGGUCAAUAUAUGCAUCGGUAACUUCGAAGAAACCAAUCUCACCUCAAGUCUACGAACAGCCAGAGCAAUCCUAUUCCCAAGGAAAUCAAUUAUUAUACACGCAAGCUUACAUUACUAAGCCCCAACAACAUCGACUACAUCAACAACAACAACAACAUCACCAACAACAACAACAACAACAACAACAUGUUUCUACAGUGAUAAGCAAUCAAGGGAAUGCCCUUUAUACACAAACGACACCCCUUCAGGCAGAUCUUUAUGUAAAAUCACCAGUUUAUGUUCAAGAUAACUCCCUUCAUGGCCAAGUUAAUCAAUACAAUGGUCAAACCGAGCAAUCGUAUAUUUCUUCAGUUACGGAACAACAACUAUCAAAGCAAAUCUUGCAUGAAGAUGAGGAAAGCCAAAGCGUUUCUCAAAAUUACGUCAAGGUACCGGAGAAACCAAAUUCAGAUUUUAUACCACCACAAAUAUCACAUCAGAAUUUUAAACCAGACGUAACUCAAUUGAUACAAGUUUCUUCGGAUUCUGAAGAAUCGUCUCGAGUCAAAGAUCAUAUCGUUAGUUCAGAGCCACGAACUUUAUUGGAUACGUAUGUUCCAAGUAAUCUAAUCGCUGCACAGGAUUCAGCGAGAUAUCGAGAGAGGCCGUUGCACUUGGAAAGCGGAUUUCUACCUUCGAAAAAUAAUUAUGUGCAAUACAAGAAACGUAAGACGCAAUAAUGUUCGUAAGAAGUAUAGUACCAUGGAAAAAUCCACACAC